GUCAGCAAAAACGACCCUUUCAGCCGUUUAUUGUUCAUUUGGCCUCUAGAAGCAUUUUUGUAUUGUUGACGUUAACGAAAUAUGUCUGUUGGAACAUUUGAAUAAUCUUGUUAAACCUGUAAUUGGCUGUCGACAGGUAUUUAAAUCUGCUCCCAGGCUGGUCAGCAGUCCAGUCACAUGUCUGCCUAUUUAUACAACAACAGUGCCGCAGUGGUAUCAGACUGUGAAGAGGAAGAUCCAGGCGUCUCUUUCCACAGCACAGCAGUGGAUUCUGGGCAACAGGGUUGUGCAGAGCCAAAAAUAAUUCAGAGCGGCCAUGUCGAGUCUGCUGCGCUGCCUGUCAUCCUCCUCCAAAGUCUGGACCCAGCGUGGGGUCUGCAGGAAGGUCUCUGGACGGAGGACUUUUCGGACUUUCCCGGUGUUGUGGGACCAAUCUGCAUCAAAAGGUGUCCCGUACAAAGAUUUGGUGAUUGGCGUUCCCAAAGAGACGUUACAAAAUGAGCGGCGAGUGGCGUUGUCUCCCGCCGGCGUGCAGGCACUGGUGAAACAGGGUUUCCGGGUCCAGGUAGAGAGCGGCGCCGGGGAGGAAGCCAAGUUCUCUGAUCAACAUUACAAAGAUGCUGGUGCCGCCAUCACGGACGUCAAUGGGGCCCUUGGCUCUGACCUGGUCCUCAAGGUCCGGGCACCCACUCUCAGUGAGGCAGACCUUCUAAAGCCCAAGUCCACUCUGGUGAGCUUCAUCUAUCCAGCUCAGAAUCCGGAACUGAUGAAGAAGCUGGCAGAAAGACAGAGCAAUGUGCUGGCUAUGGACCAAGUGCCGAGAGUCACCAUUGCACAGGGCUACGACGCCCUCAGCUCCAUGGCUAACAUUGCCGGGUACAAGGCUGUGGUUCUGGCUGCCAAUCAUUUCGGCAGAUUCUUCACCGGUCAAAUCACAGCAGCAGGAAAAGUUCCCCCCGCUAAGGUCCUGGUGAUAGGAGGCGGAGUGGCUGGCUUAGCUGCAGCGGGAGCAGCCAAGUCGAUGGGAGCCAUAGUGAGAGGAUUUGAUACCAGACCUGCAGCUCUGGAGCAGUUCAAGUCCUUUGGUGCAGAGCCUUUGGAGGUGGACAUCAAGGAGUCUGGCGAGGGAGUUGGAGGCUACGCAAAAGAGAUGUCGAAGGAGUUCAUAGAGGCUGAAAUGGAGCUGUUCGCUCGGCAGUGUAGAGAAGUUGACAUUGUCGUUAGCACGGCAUUGAUUCCAGGGAAGAGGGCUCCCAUCCUGAUCAAGAAGGAGUUUGUGGACUCAAUGAAAGAUGGUUCUGUGGUCGUGGACCUGGCUGCUGAGGCGGGGGGCAAUAUUGAGACCACCAAGCCAGGAGACCUUUAUGUUUACAAUGGCGUCACUCACAUCGGCUACACAGACCUGCCCAGCCGCAUGGCGACCCAGGCGAGCACGCUCUACUCCAACAACAUUCUGAAGCUGCUCAAGGCCAUCAGUCCAGACCAGCACAACUUCCAUUACGAGCCCAAAGAUGAAUUUGACUACGGAACAAUUGACCAUGUCAUCCGAGGAACCCUUGUCAUGAAGGACGGUCGGAAUAUGUUCCCCUCGCCCCUCCCAAAAACAGCUCCACCCGCACCGGUGAAGCAAAAAACUGUUGCAGAGUUGGAGGCUGAGAAAGUGGCUGCUGUCUCCCCGUACAAUCGAACUAUGACCUCUGCCACCUCCUACACUGCAGGUCUGUCCACUUGCCUGGCUCUGGGCAUCAUUUCCCCAAACGCAGCAUUCACUCAGAUGGUCACAACGUUUGGUCUGGCUGGAAUUGUGGGGUAUCACACUGUCUGGGGUGUGACUCCUGCACUGCACUCUCCCCUCAUGUCCGUCACCAACGCCAUCUCAGGGCUGACAGCAGUUGGAGGUCUGGUGCUGAUGGGAGGAGGUCUGACUCCCUCCUCUCUGCCAGAGAGCCUCGCUCUGGCUGCUGCAUUUGUGUCCUCUAUCAACAUCGCCGGUGGUUUCUUGAUCACCCAGCGCAUGUUGGACAUGUUCAAGCGCCCCACUGACCCGCCUGAGUACAACUACCUGUACCUGCUUCCUGCUGGAGUGUUUGUGGGAGGAUAUGGCGCUUCAGUGGCAGCAGGAUACAGUAUUGAACAGAUGAUGUACCUGGGCUCCGGCUUGUGCUGCGUAGGUGCUCUGGCCGGCCUCUCUGCUCAGGGCACCAGUCGCCUGGGAAACGCACUGGGCAUGAUGGGAGUGGCAGGUGGUAUCGCCGCCACCCUUGGUGCGCUUAAGCCUUCACCUGAGCUGCUGUCACAGAUGUCGCUGGCCAUGGCCACUGGAGGAACCCUGGGUUUGACCAUUGCCAAGCGUAUUGAAAUCUCAGACUUGCCGCAGCUUGUGGCGGCCUUCCACAGCCUUGUGGGCCUGGCAGCCGUGUUCACUUGCGUUGCAGAGUUCAUGAUUGAGUAUCCACACCUGGACACCCACCCGGCUGCCAGCGUGCUGAAGACCGUGGCCUAUCUGGGCACGUACAUCGGCGGCGUCACGUUCAGUGGCUCACUGGUGGCCUAUGGCAAACUUCAAGGCGUCCUAAACUCUGCUCCUCUCCUGCUCCCUGGACGCCACGUGCUGAACGCCAGUUUGAUGGCAGCAUCUCUGGGAGGAAUGGUCCCCUUCAUGCUCAGCACCAGCUAUGGUACUGGGAUGGGCUGUCUGCUGGGAGUCUCUGGACUGUCCACGGUGAUGGGUGUCACUCUGACUGCAGCCAUCGGAGGUGCUGACAUGCCGGUGGUCAUCACUGUGCUGAACAGCUACUCUGGUUGGGCUCUCUGUGCUGAAGGCUUCCUGUUGGACAACAAUCUCAUGACCAUUGUGGGAGCUUUAAUCGGGUCCUCCGGUGCCAUCCUCUCUUACAUCAUGUGCGUGGCCAUGAACCGCUCUCUCCCCAAUGUGAUCCUGGGCGGCUACGGCACCACGUCCACCGCCGGCGGAAAACCCAUGGAGAUCGUCGGCACUCACACGGAGGUCAACGUGGACCAGACGAUCGAUAUCAUCAAAGAUGCCAACAACAUCAUCAUCACGCCAGGCUGGGGUCUGUGUGCUGCCAAGGCUCAGUACCCCAUUGCAGAUAUGGUGAAGAUGUUGAAGGAGCAAGGCAAAACUGUCAGGUUUGGGAUCCACCCAGUGGCUGGACGCAUGCCAGGCCAGCUGAACGUGCUCUUGGCCGAGGCCGGUGUCCCUUAUGAUGUGGUUCUGGAGAUGGAUGAGAUCAAUGACGACUUCCCAGAAACUGACUUGACGUUGGUCAUCGGGGCCAAUGACACCGUGAAUUCUGCUGCACAAGAGGAUCCCAAUUCCAUAAUUGCUGGGAUGCCCGUCCUGGAGGUCUGGAAGUCCAAACAGGUGAUCGUAAUGAAGCGUACUUUGGGCGUCGGCUACGCUGCAGUCGACAACCCCAUUUUCUACAAACCCAACACCUCCAUGCUGCUGGGAGAUGCCAAGAAGACCUGCGACAGCCUGCAGGCCAAGAUCAGGGAAGCCUACUACUAGAUGCCACCACCUCUCUGUGGUGCAGUUUGUGUGUUUGGCUUAGGGAAGACUGGACUGCAGCCGUAGGACUGACGUGUCAGAAACUAGCGCUAAGCAUACGCCUUCAGAAAAUGUAAAUGGUUUUGUAAAUAAAAA